GGCGUUUUGAAGAAGAAGAAAGAAAGAAAAUUGGGUGAUUUGAAGAAUCAGAAUCAGUUGUCAGGAGGUAUAAAAGGAGUCCCCAUCCCAAUAGUAGCUGUGUGUUGUGCUCACCAAUACAGUACUAUGAUUUCAAGUGGACUGAAACCGAAGCACUUCCACAACGUUCAUUCGCUCUUCAAUCUUUCCAAAUCCCAACAACCCCCAAAUCCAAUUAUAGUCCCAUGCUGCCGAACCAACACCCACAAUAACAUCUCUUCUCCAUUCUCCAUUCGUUUCAAUUCGCCUUUCCCAUACCGGAGCCCCAAGAUUCCCCUAAAAUGUGCACCGCUGCACUCUUCAGAUUCCCUGCCACCCGAUCCUUCCUCUGCCUCGACCCAGAUGGAGCAAAAUUCAAUGUCAAUUCUGGAGAUUCUUAAGCAAUCAAAUUCAUAUCUGCCUCAUGCACUCAUUGCAAGUAUACUGCUAGCUCUAAUCUACCCACGUUCUUUAACGUGGUUUACCAGCAGAUUCUAUGCACCUGCACUAGGUUUUUUGAUGUUUGCUGUUGGGGUUAAUUCAAAUGAAAAUGACUUCCUUGAGGCAUUCAAGAGGCCAGCAGAAAUUGUCACUGGUUAUUUUGGCCAGUUUGCUGUGAAGCCUCUUCUUGGAUAUCUGUUUUGCAUGAUUGCAGUAACUGUUUUAGGCCUACCAACAACAGUAGGCGCAGGAAUUGUAUUGGUGGCUUGUGUUAGUGGUGCUCAGCUUUCAAGUUAUGCUACUUUCCUGACGGAUCCACAAAUGGCACCUUUAAGCAUAGUUAUGACAUCACUGUCCACUGCUUCUGCAGUUUUUGUCACGCCACUCUUAUUACUGUUGCUCAUUGGGAAGAAAUUGCCUAUAGAUGUAAAAGGAAUGGUGUAUAACAUUACACAGAUUGUGGUUGUGCCUAUUGCAGCUGGCCUGCUUCUAAAUCGAUUCUUUCCUCGUAUUUGUAAUGUUAUUCGACCAUUUUUGCCUCCGCUAUCUGUACUGGUGGCAUCUAUCUGUGCCGGAGCGCCACUUGCCUUAAAUGUUGAGACUAUGAAAUCCCCCUUGGGAGUCGCUAUCUUGUUGCUUGUUGUUGCUUUUCAUUUGUCAUCUUUUAUAGCUGGUUAUAUCCUCAGUGGGUUUGUCUUCCGCGAUUCUCUUGAUGUGAAGGCACUGCAACGAACAAUUUCCUUUGAGACAGGCAUGCAAAGUAGCCUGCUUGCCCUGGCUCUUGCUAAUAAGUUCUUCGAAGAUCCAAAAGUGGCUAUUCCUCCAGCAAUUUCUACUUCAAUUAUGUCUUUGAUGGGAUUUGUUCUGGUGCUGAUUUGGACCAGAAGAGGGAAGAGCGAGAUAAAAAACAGCUCCUGAAAGGUAUGGAUAUCGGGAUAUAUGUUACUGCUAAUUGGUCCAUCUUUUGUUCUAGUGAGCAUCGGUUCUGCUUACUAGGAGGGAACAAUGGCAGUCAUAGUGAUAAUGUAUUAAUAUCAUAUUAUCUAUUCAUGACUAGUAGCCUGUUUCUUUUAGAUUUUAGGAACCUCAAAUAAGAAGUUUGUUGUGAUCAAUGAAAUUCAGUUCAUCAGUAACUUCUGUGGUUUAAUUUUUACUUUGUUGAAAGAACAAACCAAGGUGGUAUGGUAUGUAACGUACGCCAGUUCCUCAAGUUUUAGUUGCCGUUGGAUUUAAUAAAUGUUUAAUUGAAGGCUGCUGAGGUUCGUUACCUGCAA